AUGUCGAAGAGCAGAGUCGCGCCGCUAAAACCGCUCACCGUUACGCGAUUAGAACUUCAGGCAGCAGUGAUGGGUAGUAGACUGGCUGAAACAAUUAUCAGACAGCACACUCUAAAGAUACUAAAAAGAAUCUUUUGGACCGACUCGACAACAGUGCUAAACUGGAUCCGAUCGGAUGCAAGGAAUUAUCAGCCAUUCGUAGUGCAUCGGCUAGCUGAGGUGCUAGACUUGACUUCGGUAAAUGAGUGGAGGUAUGUACCGACAAAGAUUAACGUAGCCGACGAUGCAACUCGGGAUACGGGACACAUUGAAAUAGGUUCUUCCUGUCGAUGGUCCACGGGUCCGGAAUUUUUAUUAAAAAAAGAACAAGAGUGGCCGCAGGAGACUUCGAAAUCAGAAGUUUCGAAGAAAGCAGAGAAGGAACUCAAACGAGAGUUUAAGUGUCGUGGCAAAGAAGGAAUAGGAGACAGGGAGUUGACAGCACCAGAAAUUGAAAAGGGUGAAAAGGAAGUGCUAAAACUAACACAAGGACAGGAUUUCGCGGACGAGCGAAAACGGCUGCAGCAGAAUAAAGAGCUCGUACCUACUUCGAAGAUCCUGGAACUUUCACCAAAGCUGGAUGAGGACGGACCACUGCGAAUGAACGGCAGGAUAAGAAACAACGCGUACAAUCAAUCCAUGCGGGAGCCUGUCAUUCUAAAUGGCGGAAGCCCAAUUGUGCAGCUCCUGAUCGCAUUCUACCACGAGAAAUCAGGACACAUUGAGCGAGAACGAGUGAUAAAUGAUCUUUGUUCCAAGUACUGGAUCACGAAGAUCCGAAGCGCAGUAAGAGCCCAGGGUUACAAUUGCCUGACCUGCACACAACGGAAGGCAAAGGCUAUACAACCGGAAAUGGCUCCAUUACCCGACAUGAGAGCUGAUUCUUUCAUCGAACCCUCUACCAAUACAGAGGUGGACUACUUUGGCCCAUUCCAGGUGACGAUAGGAAGAAGGCACGAGAAGAGGUACGGUGUAUUAUUCACCUGUCUAAAUGUACGAGCUAUACACCUGGAGCUUGCAAGCUCUUUAUCAACGGACUCCAUGACCAUAGCCCUGAGAGGUAUGAUCAGUCGUCGAGGAAAACCGACUAGACUCUUUUUAGACAACGGCGCCAACUUCGUUGGCCCAAAUAUAGAACUGAGAAGAGCGCUAGAGGAGUUCGAUCAGGACGAGAUAUUGCGAAAAACUGCCAUCAAUGGAGUAGAAUGGCACUUCAUCCCAUCAGCAAGUCCGCACAUGGGUGGAAACUGGGAACGGCUCGUAAGUUCCGUGAAAAGAGCACUACAGGCUACGUUAAAGGAGCCAGUACCGAAGGAAGAAGUCCUUCAAACAUUAUUUGCUGAAACCGAAUUCUCGGUGAACAGAAGACAUUUGACUUAUGUUUCAGAUGGUCCAGCUGACCCAGAGAGCAUCACACCCAACCAUCUUCUAAUGCCGUGGAGGAAACACGAUAAGGUCCCCGGAGCACCAGAAGUCUUCAUAACUGACGACCUGGUGCUCAGAAAGCAGUGGCACCACUCGCAGAUCUUGGCUGAUCAAUUUUGGCAUCGAUGGGUGAAAGAGUACCUGCCAUCACUCAACCGGCGGAGAAAGUGGUACCGACGGACGGAGAAUCUCGAAGUCGGAGAUUUGAUUGUUAUCUGGGACAACCAGCUUCUACGGAACAAGUGGAUGCGAGGGAUCAUUACGGCUGUUUAUCCUGGCAAGGAUGGCCGCGUCCGAGUUACGGACGUACGGACGACUACAGGGACGUACAAGAGGCCAGCUACGAAACUGUGCGUUCUCGUAAAAAGAAAUAGUAUUCCGGAUGGUACAGGAAUGCAGGAGGGGGAAUCUCGUGAACGCCAUUGGUAA